AAAAUGCAAUCCCUUCAACGCAUAUUUACCCAACUAUCUAUUAAAACCAACAUCAAAACCCCAAACUUCGGGGUUUCAUCCAAUUUACCAAAAUGUUUUUCCACUGAAAAUGAAAGCGGCAAUAAUAACAAGAACGAACCCGAUUGGGCGGCCCAUUUCGGUGGGACAGGGUCGUCCGAUUCCGACCCGUUGGGAUGGGACGUGGGUCCGUCCUCGUGGUCUACUGGGCUAACGAAGGAGCACUUUGACGGUGAAGUCAUUGGACAGAAGGUGGAACCUGGUUCUGAUAGAGGUCGGACCAAUGGCGGUGGCUCGGAUCAGAAUCGGGGCGGUGUAUCGAGUCAGAAUCGGACUGGGAACUGGUAUUCCGAGGCUAGGUGGAUGGACAUGGAGUUGGCGAAGGUUAAGGAGUUGGAGUUGGAGUCGGAGAACCGCAGGGGGAAGGCUUUUGUGGAUGGCUGGGAUGAUAGAAUGAAAGAAAUGACUUAACUGCUGAAACGGUGCAGGUGAGGGAGCCAGGUGCACGAGGGUCAUAUCUGAAGGAUUCAGAGAGGUCAGAGAUGUAUAAAAAGCACAAGGAAAACCCGGAGUUGUACACCGUGGAAAAGUUGGCAAAGGAAUACAGGAUCAUGAGGCAGAGGGUGCAUGCGAUUUUGUGGCUGAAGGAGCUUGAGGAGGAGGAGGAGGAGAAGAAGCUUGGACGCCCGCUCGAUGACUCUGUCGAGCUCUUGCUCGAUACCUGCCCAGAAUUUUUCAUUUCACAUGAUAGGGAGUUCCAUGUCGCCUCCCUGCCGUAUAAGCCAGAUUUCAAAGUCAUGCCUGAGGGUUGGGAUGGUACCACUAGAGACCCAGAUGAGGUGCAUUAUGAGAUCUCAACGAAACAGGAUGAAAUUUUGUACCAAGAGUUUGUUCAGAGGAUGAACUUCAACAAGAUGAAGAUAGCAAAGGAGGUGAAAUGCCACAAAUACAGCAGGAGACGUCCAUCUGAAGGAUGGAAUUUCAUGGUGGAGAAACUUGGUCCCAAAGGCAAACGAGGUAAUGGAGGUGGCUGGAAAUUCAUUAGCAUAGCCGAUGGCUCCAGCAGGCCUUUGAAUGAAUUUGAGAAGAUGUUUGUGAAGAGAGAGACUCCUCGCCGACGGCGAAAGAUCCUCCCAUGAUAUUCCCAACAAGGGUUAGGUUAUCAAAUUUUGAACAAACAAAUCGAAUUCUCAAAGACGAUUCAAUUAGUAGCCUCGAGUGCCGAUUCGAGGGUAUUGUACUGGCUUUGUUCUUUUGUGGAAUGACUUUCUAGAAGGGCAUACAUUUGACAAAAUAAUUAGUUUGUUAUGGCCUCCUUUUUUCUUUUUUUCUUUUUUCUUGGGCUCUGUUUUUACACCUGUAACUUGUACUUUUUCAUUGAAGCUUGUUAUCAAUCAAUUUGUUUCAAUUUCUGAGGC